CUCUCUGCAGCGCCGUCUUUCCGGCCGGGCUCCCUUCUAAUUGGCCAGCUCAGAGCUUCCUCGGGUACUCGGCCACUCGGGGCAUCGCGGCGGCCUUUCUAGCCGCUGUCCCAAGGUUUGGUCUCGCGCUUUCGGCUGCGAGCUCUCUGUGGUGCUGGCAGCGACAUGUGGCGCCUCCCGGGACUCCUGGGCCGAGCUCUUCCCCGUACACUGGGACCUAGCCUCUGGAGGGUGACUCCUAAGUCCACCAGCCCAGAUGGGCCUCAGACUACCUCCUCCACUUUGCUGGUUCCUGUGCCUAACCUCGACAGGUCAGGUCCCCAUGGCCCAGGCACGAGCGGGGGUCCAAGGUCCCAUGGAUGGAAGGAUGCCUUCCAAUGGAUGUCUUCCCGUGUCUCCCCGAACACCCUAUGGGAUGCCAUAUCUUGGGGUACUCUGGCUGUGCUGGCCCUGCAGCUGGCAAGGCAGAUCCACUUCCAGGCAUCCCUGCCAGCAGGACCUCAGCGGGUAGAACACUGCUCCUGGCACAGUCCCCUGGACCGUUUCCUCUCAUCUCCCUUGUGGCACCCAUGCUCCUCACUGCGACAACACAUCCUCCCCAGCCCCGAUGGCCCAGCUCCCAGGCACACUGGCCUCAGGGAACCCAGGCUUGGCCAGGAAGAAGCCUCAGCUCAGCCCCGGAACUUCUCACACAACUCUUUGAGAGGAGCUCGUCCUCAGGACCCCUCUGAGGAAGGAACAGAGAACAUGAAGAGUGGCGACCACACGGCAGCCUUUUCUUAUUUCCAGAAAGCUGCAGCCCGCGGCUACAGCAAAGCGCAGUACAAUGCGGGCUUGUGUCAUGAGCAUGGCAGAGGCACCCCCAGGGACAUUAGCAAGGCGGUCCUUUAUUAUCAGUUGGCUGCCAGUCAGGGCCACAGCCUGGCUCAGUACCGCUAUGCCAGGUGCCUACUACGAGACCCAGCCUCUUCGUGGAACCCUGAGCGGCAGAGGGCAGUGUCCUUGCUGAAGCAGGCUGCAGACUCAGGCUUGAGAGAGGCCCAAGCUUUCCUCGGGGUGCUUUUCACCAAGGAGCCCUACCUGGAUAAGCAGAGAGCUGUGAAAUAUCUUUGGCUUGCAGCCAACAAUGGGGACUCACAGAGCAGGUACCACCUUGGAAUUUGCUAUGAGAAAGGCCUUGGUGUGCAGAGGAAUCUGGGAGAGGCCUUGAGAUGUUACCAGCAGUCAGCCGCUCUGGGAAAUGAGGCCGCCCAGGAGAGGCUGCGAGCCCUCUUUUCCAUGGAGGCUGCAGCUCUGGGGCCCAGCGACCUGACAGUUACAGGACUGAAGUCUUUCUCCAGCCCCUCCCUCUGCAGCUUGAACACCCUGCUAGCAGGAACCUCACGCCUACCACACGCCUCGAGCACAGGCAACCUUGGCCUCCUCUGCAGAAGUGGGCAUCUCGGAGCCAGCCUGGAAGCCUCCAGCAGGGCUAUUCCCCCACACCCCUACCCACUGGAAAGGAGUGUUGUAAGACUAGGUUUUGGCUAAGGUGAGAUAAAACAUAGUCCCUGGUGCCUCUUAGGGGCCAGAGGGGGCAGGAGGUUGGAUAACAAAAAUAGAGCAUCAGCAACCCUUUCCAGGUAGAAAUUCCAGCAGGAGUUCAGGUUCCCAAGCAAUUUCACGUACAUGGCUGGUAAGUGACUGAUCUUUCCCCCCGCUUGGUAGCCUCACAGAUGAGUCUUGGAUGCAUUGACAUUCAUUUCUGGUCUGUGCACCAAAGGAUGCAUUCAGUGACCUAUGAAAAACCCUACUGAAGGGUCCAGAGACCCUGGUGCUCACCUUAGCCUUUGUCUUUGAGCAAAUAACUUACCUUCUUCCUUCCUAUGCCUCGGUUUUUCUCACACUUAAAUCUGUACUACUGUUUGCCAAUGUCUGAUGUGUGUAUCCCUGGUUCACAAGAAGAUUUUAGAUGGUAUUCAAAUUAAUAUUUUCUAUUUCAGUAGUUAUAUAUUUAAUGUAUAAUAUAAAAAUAUGAUUAGCAUAUUGACCUGUAGUUUGAUAGAUGUUCUGUCUAGGAUAAAGCUAACUGUAAAAAAAAAAUAGUGAAUCAGUUUAAAGAAAAACAUAACAUAAAAGUGGGCACAGAUCCAGAGAGGUAGCAAAAAUGACAGGGGUGGUUCCAUGAAUGGCUGACACUUAGGAAACUGUGAAUUAGGCCAUCCUCGAGACUAGCCCACCAUUCACCUCUGUUCAUCCCCCAUGGGCUCAUAAUCGUUUUCAUUUCACCUUUGAUUUGGAAGGAAGAAGUUUCUUGCCCAAAUGCCUGGAUGUGUCUGCUUGACUUUCAGAACUUCUCACCUCAGCCCUAAAGAGGGAGCCUGUGGGUUCUCAGAGAGAUAUCACAAUUUGAGUCCCAAAGAAGAGGCCAGAUACCCACCCACCUUCCCCCAAAUCCUAAGCACCUGCGCCAGUACAGUCAAGAAGAGGAAAGUGUGUGAAGACCCAGGUCUGGCUCUGCCACUUGCCUGGCCAUGUCACCUUGAAGCUGUGACCUGACUCCCUAUAUUGUUUCCUCAGUUGUAGACCAAAGGCAAUGGUGUCUGCCCUCCUACCUUGGAAGACAAAUGCAAGGGCAUUUCACCACAGAGAGGACCUUUGUGCUCACUUUGGCCCAGGAGGCAGUGAUGCUCAUGGUUGCAUGACUUUAUGAGUGGCUGGGCCAGGAUGAGGACCUGGGCCUCCUUGACUCCUGGCCCACAGUUCUUGUCCAUCAGUUCAUACUGCAAUUUUAUGUGAAAGCAUUAUGACUGUCCUACCCAUGGGAGAGUAAAUGUAGAUUGAAUGCUAGGAGUCUUAAAGCUGCAGAGUGUAGAUUUUGAGGUCCCCGUUUGGGAAACAUGUGCCAGAAAUGUCUAGGUGUUUAAUAAAACAGAUAUUGGAUUAUCUCA